AUGGUCAAAGACGAAAAGAAAAAAGCUCAAACAAUGGAUUUUGUCAUCAAGUCAGGUCUAGCAGGUGGCAUUGCUGGUUGCAUGGUAAUUGAAAGGAGAUUACAAUGUCAUUCUGUUACAUUACUCCGUAUUUUUCCUUAUGCAGCUAUCAAAUUCGUAGCCUAUGAGCAGUAUCGUGCCUUGUUGAUGCCUACAAGAGCGCAAGAAACAUCCACAAGACAAUUCAUAGCUGGAUCUUUAGCUGGUGUGACGUCUGUCCUCUUUACAUACCCUUUAGAUCUCAUUCGGGUCAGAUUAGCCUAUGACGUAAAAGAGGCUGGGAAAGAACGACCUACACUGUCAGGCAUGGUGAGACAAAUAUAUAACGAACCAGCUGCAUUAGAUAGAAAGCACGGUCGCUUCCAUAUUUUGAACUUCUACCGAGGAUUCUUCCCAACAGUAGCAGGCAUGAUCCCUUAUGCGGGUGUAUCAUUUUGGACCUAUCAUGUUGUGACUCAACUCUGUCGAUUUGAUCCCAUUGUAUCUCCCGUUACACGAGCUCCUCUCGAUUUCAACUAUGAUCCGACCGACGAUGAUGUUGAAGUCACAGCAAAACAACAGAAAGCGUUGGACAAACCACCGCUCAAGACAUGGGCUGAAUUAUUAUGUGGUGGUACUGCGGGGUUAGUGGCACAGACGAGUAGUUACCCGUUAGAAGUCAUCCGGAGACGUAUGCAAGUAGGAGGCUUACUCAAUCCCAACAAAUUUGUGAGUUUCAUGGAUACAGCAAACGAUAUUUAUAAAGUGAAGGGCUUUAAGGGUUUCUAUGUUGGCCUAAGCAUUGGCUAUGUUAAAGUCGUUCCCAUGGUAGCCGUUAGUUUUGCUGUAUAUGAACGUAUGAAGCGAUUAUUAGAAAUAGAUUAA